CAACGAUCCUUACUCAUUUCCGUACCACAUAUUGUUCUCGUGCAGUUCACUUUCUGCAGGAGCCUACCGUUGGUUCCAGAGCCAAUGGGCCUCUAGCUGGAGCACACUCGAGGCCUUCUCGGCUUGUCGUUUGAUUUCGAGUGGGAGUUCCUUACCAGAGGUUCUACAUCCUUUCCAUAGUAACCCGCGCACUUCCAAUAUCUAUCGUAAUGCCAUGCCAUGCCGUUCUUUCUGACCAUGCCUCCCGAUUUUGCCAUCUGAGCAUGUGUGAUUUUCCCGGGACUCUGGCUCAACUGUUGCAGUUUCAGUGCUCCAGCGGCGUGAUCAACAUUACAUCUCCGCCAACGUGAAGAAUGCCAUACUGUUCUGGCUUAGUUGCCGCCUAUUCUAUUGGCAGUGAUACAGGUCGUCUCGUGUGAGAUGUCCAUAAGUAGUUGGCGCUUUUGACGCGUACAUACGAAACUGUCAACACGUGCUGGCUUCAAUUUGGGGAAACACGCACUCUUGCUCUUACCCUUUGCUAUUUAGUCAACGCUCUUCGCCAUUGAACGAGCCUUGCUAAUCUGUAAUUUCUAUGACCCAGCCGACCUGACACGAGCAACCGACAUCAGGACACCAAGUAGCAGAAGGAGGAUUGGCACCGCGGUUUUUUUCCUCGAGAGCGGGUGCUUCGACUUCAGCCUCCUCUUCACCUGCCACGACCUCGUUUCACCCCUCACACUUACACCUGCCCACGAUCUUGACGCCUGACAACGAACCAAAACCUCAUGCCUAAGCGUCCCGACCCGCCUCCCUCGUCGACAUCGCUUUACCCUCCAAAUCCACAAAACGGGCCACCCACACCCUCACGCGCGCCGAUCGCUUCCAUUUUGACGCGCCCGAGCAAAUGGUUCACCAGGAGCACAUCUGGAUCGCGUGUAAAUGGCCAAGGCGACGCAUCUCCCCGACCCAGUAUCUCCAGUCAAGCGGGAGGCUCAGCGGGUCCUCGAAAAGCCAAGAUCUCACGUCCGACAGAUCCGAGACCAAUCCUAGAUGCAGAUGGAUACAAGGGGGUGCCAGGUAGCCGCUCUGUCCUAGAUCUCACCAGACCUUCACUCAAUCUGCCUCAUUCUUCGCCUCUCAUCUCAAAUCAAGCAGCCAAGUCUUCACUGGACCUACGAUAUACACCUCCUUCACCUCAUGCUCCGUCGCCCUUAUCUAAUGGCCCCUAUGCUGCUGGCGCUGGCAGCAUCUAUGGAGUCGGAAACCGACCAUGGAGCCGGUCUGCCGACGAUCUGCGGCUGGCGCCGUCUCCCAGCGGGCCUGUGUUGAUAUCCUCUCCAAGUUCACCCACUCCAACGACAAACAGCCGAGCGCCGAUCCGAGUAAACACUGACUUUGUUGACAAAGUCGCUGCGUACCGGGGGCGGUCCGAUUCGUUAGGCGCGGCAACUGCGUAUACGCCCACGACUGGUACAGGGACGGUGACACCAACGCCAUCCACAAGUAUUGGCCACGUGAGCAGCGCAAGUAUGGGUGCUGUCAGUGCGCUAGGUCCUGGGCUCAGCAUAUAUACCGGCGGGCCACUGUCCGCUUCCGUCCCGAUGCCUAUAGCAAAAGGUGACAAUGCCGCUCCGACACCGCCAUUCUACGCCAGGCAACGCACGGAUUCGGAACGUAGCGGGCGGAGUGUCAAGAGUUCACGUAGUUGGCGAAGUGGACCGAGUCGGACUGGGACAGCGGAUAGUACCACGGGCACAGGCAGUCCUGGAAGCACCCCGCCCAGUGCGUCGGCCGGGAUUGUUCGGCCUAUGGUCUGGCCAACGAUCCCUGGCCGGGAUGAUUCCCACAGUGAACAUGAUAGCCCGAGUUCCCCUGUGUCAAUAUCAAUAUCUGCCCCAGCUUUGGAUGAUCGGCCGAUGAUGAAUGCAACUCCAGGCGGACAAGUGCACACCCGAUCACACAGUUUCACUCCGAAACUAUCGAGCCGUCUCGCAAGUCCAGGUCGCAAGGGCAGUACGGGUGAAGCCGCGGAGGCACCGAUGUUUGAAGGAGAUAGGCGUGGGGCUGGCUUUUCGUUCCAUCUCGGAGGCGCAGCGAAAUCAUUGGAUACGACGGCUGGUUCCAAUGCCCAGCCUCCUUCUGUUGCCCUGAGCAGCGAGUCCAACGAAGGGAAACGUGCCUCCCAGAUUCUGUAUGCGACGGGGUUCAUCAAUCGCGCGAUGACGCCGGCUUUGGCUGAUCCGAGAAGUUGGAAGCCAUUCAAGAUGGAAGUGCGAGGGACGAAACUGCUCCUUCACAAGACACCUGGUGACCGCACUGCCGGAGUCCGAGAUCUGUUUGCAAUUGGUAUUGUCCAGGACGCGCCCGAAAUAGAUGACACAGAGGUCGAGGUCGAUCAGGGCCAGAAACGAGACGCGGGGAGCAUGACGCGGAAAAAACGUGCGUUUUGGGGGCAGGGUCGGCAUCCAGCACUUGUCGUGGAUGUCCUGAACCAGCAAGUGGCGAAAGGCACCAUUGAAGCACUUUUACACGAAACGGUGUUCGCGACUGCCUUCAUCAAGGACCGCCAGUUGUCCGAGCAAGAUUGGCAUAUAUUUGCCAGGGCAGUGCUUUUCUGCUUGCCACUUUUGACCGACCGAGGCAAGGUCGAGGCUGAGCUCGUUCGAUGUGCCGGGUACCUCGUCUCCGGUGCAGCAGAAGAAGACUCGGAAGCGGUUCGAAAACGGGUCAAAUGGGUAAUGGAAGAGUACCUCGGAUUCCAUGGUCCUCCAGUCGAUCCGCAAGCGUGGCAGAUUCUGAGUGCAGAUGCUUUCCCGGGCGUUGUUCUACCGGGCCGGACCGUCGCUGCACAGGCCGGAAUGCCCAACACCGUAUCGACCCAGGCCAUCUUUGCGCCGUCGCCUGUUAUCGGUACACCCCAGGUUUUUUCGCCCCGGCCAGACGACAGCUCGGCUCGCUUGAACAGUCUUUUGGAUGCACUGGAGCCAGACUCUGCAGCCUCCCAAAUGCCCUGGGCUGCCCUCCAGUCCGAGGGCCUGACACGUGAUGUCUUGCUGGCCAUGGAUCCCCAGGUCAUUGCACAAAGCUUAACUCUGUUUCAUCGCUCGGUCCUGGAACAAGCCCCUGACGACGUGAUGUCGGAUUUUGUUCUUUCCGGGGACAACUGUCCCCAGCUUUUUGGCAGCGAGACGAGUCCACACUGGCUGACGAAGCUGUUGCUUGUACAGAUCCUGGGGUCAGACAACAACGGAGAACAGUCGACGACUUCGCGCACCCACUCACGCAGCGAGUUGAUAUCAUUCUGGGCUCGGGUGGGUGAGCUGUGCAGGACGAGCGGCGACGAUUGUUCGUGGCGAGCAAUUGUUGCUGCGCUAUGCUCUGCGCCCAUCGCCCGACUGGAAAAAGUGUGGAGGAGAGUGGAUGCCCCUGCUGUCACAGUGGUGGAAUCCUGGACAGCUGAUGGCGACGGAUCCCAAGUAACCGAGCCUCGGCUGACUCCGUGGGGAGGGCCAAUCCGUCAGAGGCUCAGGGAAGACCUCGACAGCAUAUCAGCCGCCGAAGACGUUGGGCCCGAUCAGGUGCUGAGUGUUGCCCCGAUGAGGCGUGCAGUCGACUUGUUUGCGGGAUUCAGACAGGAGUUCUUGCUCUGCCCCCGGCGAGCGGUCUUGUCUGAAGAGCAAGUUGGGGAUCAAGUGCGUCUGCUGGCCAACUUCUGGAGAGAGAGAGGAGUUGCCAGUGGUGGUAUUGCGGCCAAAUUUGUUCGAGUGGAGCAGUUCAUGUCGCUUUCUCUUGCUGCUGAGCCUAAGCGAAAGGGGCUGUUCGAGCCACAUUACUGGUCGCGUCCGACCAAUCAAACUGCCUACACAUCACUUGUUCCGGUGCUGUUCCCCGAAGUGUUCCCGACGGCCUCGCUGAUUGACCGGUCCCAACUGUUGCGCGGACGCGUUGACAGUGACACGAAUGCCAGGUUUCUGCUUGAUCUGCAAGGCGCUGCCCAGCCUGACCGGAACCCCGUUGGCCUCGCCGCGCUGAAUCAGGUGGGGACCAUCAUCCCGGUGUAUAACGGCGAGGUGCUGCUGUCUGUAUGGCUCGGUGGCGGGAAUGAUUCGACUGCUAGUUCUCGGCCGUCUUCCCGCGCUCCUUCGAGACCCCCGAGUGUCGAGCCUUCGCUGGGCCGAGCCCCCUCCGUCCGUGUCAAACCUGGUGCUUCCCAAGGUCUGGAUCGGAAGACGAGUGUUGCGCGACGGAAUUCUCUGCCGUCUCCGUCGCAAAAACGAGCUUUUGUGGCGUCGGAACCAUCGACAGAACCGCCACUGAGAGUGCGAGUUCAAGCCGGCACGCUCAACUGUCUCGUAGACAUCCUGGUGCAUGGUCUGCACAACGUCUCUGUUUCCGUCGCGGACGACAACGGCGAGAUGGCGCUGCGGGAGGGCAAGACGAGGGAGCUGAUCGUCGACCACGUCGAAUUUGCCAAACUGUGGUGGAAUGUUUUCCGCAGUCUGAUUAGCCCCAUGGUCUUCUUCGAGCUGCUGCGGAAGAUGUAUCUCCAGCGGCGACCCCGAGGAGCGGUCCCCUCGGUCGCCGAAUAUCUGUUCGUCGCUGGAAGCCGGACGGAUGUUCUGGAUGUGAUCAGGAACUGGAUCGUUCAAGGUGGAGGCACACAGGACAUUCUGGAUGAUAUUCAGCUGGCGAAUGCCGUUCGAACUUUCCUCAGCGAUACCGGCGAACAUGACAUCGUUGUCUCCGCAAAUGCAAGCGAUCCCAGCGUUCAACAAGCGUGGAGCACACUCCAGGAAGUCCGAGCUCGUCUCCAGCAGACAUUCAACCAAUACACCAUGCGCCCCCCGGCGACGUAUCCGACGGCGAGGCCACGUGCUCGUCCUCAGCAAGGCCAAACGAUCACCACUCGGGAACCACCGGAUCUGGAUCGCAUCGAUCCGGAGGAGCUCGUCGACAACUUGGAUGCGAUGGCCAGUGCAGCGAUGAGCAAUGUGACGGAGGAGGACUUGUUUGUGGCUGCUGACGUUCUCGAAGUGCAGACGGCGGACCGCCUCGGAUGGUUCCUGCCCUAUGCGCAGAGCGACGUUGACCUGGUUGAGAUCCAGAACAUGUAUUCAUAUCUGCAAGAGAUCGAGCCGUCCUCGCUGAUCUCUGAGUUGGGCCAAGACUCGCUUUACCGACUUUUGCCGCCUGGGAUCCGGAGCUGUGUCAGGGCCUAUGUCAUUCUGCGCAAGUGGGCGAUCGCACAAUUGGUUGCGCCGAGGGUGGGCUUGCGAGCUAGACAAUCGCGGAUGGAACUGGUCCUCCGGGCUAUCGAGAUCACAAGAAUCCGCAGCUUGCCUUCUGACGCGUCUGCGAUGGCCUCUGUUGCCGAGUUCCCUGCUCGCCGAUCGUUUGUUGAGGCGGUCCUGACGUCGGCUGUGCUCAGUGUCGAAAGCCGAUUCCAUGCCCGCCCGUGGCUCAACAUUGCCAUGAGCCGCGGUGUGCAGUGCGACUCGAUUUCGUCGCUGAUCAGCCGGGCUGUGGUGCCGCCGAACGCGACUCGGACAGAGCUUACCAUGGACAUGGGCUGGUUUUUCGAGCGCAUGCUGGAGGUUAUCGCAUCGCCUGAUGCGUUGGAGCCAGUGACGGAGCAAGAAGGUCUCAGCCUGAUCAACUUUGACAAGCGCCGACAACUGGACUCGCUCAUUGGUUUGCUUCGCAACGUGGGCCACCGUGACGAUGUUACCCGACGGGCCUUUGAGCGUCUGAACAACAUCGAGAAGGAGAUCUGGAAGCUGCAAUUCGACCAUCGUGGCAUUAAGGAAGAAGCGCAACGGGAAGGAACACCUGGGCCAGGCAGCUCGCCUGCUGCCUCACGGCGAUCACUCAGGCCCUUCCAGCGAUUACUUACUGCACAGCUCGAGAAGAACAAACGCGAUCGAACCUUGCGCGCGAAAUUCAUGAAAGAGCGGGCCCACGAGCAGACCAAGAACGACAAGCGAGAAGAUCAGCUCAACAAGGCUAUGAUGCGCAGACAACCGACUACGCCGCAACAGCAGAAGCACCAGCGGGGCAAGAAGAGCAUGUCUUCUGCGUUCUUCCAGUUCAUGCGUCCCAUUUCAAGUGCGUUCGGGACCGAAGUCGUGCAGAGCCCCGGUCCAAAACGCACGGCGGAGGAGCUAGACUUUGUUCCGACCGGAAAGCCGUCGCUCGUGGCGAGUCUAGUCGAAGCCAAGGUUGUUCAGUUCGUGAACAACGACCGCUCUUUUGUGUUUCAGCUGGACACGGAUGACGGGGGGCACUAUCUUUUCCAGGCUCUCAGCAAGCGAGAGCUGAACAGGUGGAUCGAGACCAUCACACGGGUGACACAGACCACUGCCCGCCGGCGUCUGACCUAUCUCGGAAGUCCGAAGCCACAGCUGACCGACGAUGGACCGGUUGUUGCUUCUCGAGACCCGCAUGCUGUGUUUGGUGUUGAUCUGAAUGUGCUAUUGAGACGGGAGACGGGCUUGGAAGAGAUCCCUGCAGGGACCAUCCCGCGAGUCAUGGAGCGAUGUUUGUCUGAGAUAGAGACACGGGGAUUGAAGGAAGUGGGAAUAUACCGAUUGGCAGGGGCCACCUCCACCAUCGGUGCCCUCAAGGAAGCCUUCAACCGAGGCGAGGACCCCAUUGACGAAUUCACCGACAUCCACGCAGUCUGUGAUCUGGUCAAAUCCUGGCUGCGUGUUCUUCCUGUCCCCUUGUUUCCACGAUCCGACUAUCAUUCUGCCAUUGAGGCCGCCCAGAUCGAAGACCUCGAGCAACGACUUGCGGCCGUGCGGAGAGUCGUGCACGGUCUCCCUCAGUCCAACUACGACUUGCUCAAGCGGGUGGCAGAGCACUUGGACCGAGUUGCUGAUUUCGAGGACUCGAAUCAGAUGACCGCGGAGGGCCUGGCUAUCGUGUUCAGCCCGAAUCUUUUGCGAGCCGAGAGCUUUGCGGUGGUUCUGGCCAAUAUGGCGCACACCCACAAGAUCGUUCGAGGCUUGAUCACACAUUUCCAUGCCAUAUUUGAUGAGGCGGAGAUCGAGCCCGACGCCGAGGAGCUGCUGGACGAAGGCGACGAAGAUGAGUUGUUCACUGAGGAGGGAGAUGGGGCGAAUGCCCCGUAUUUGAAGGAUGUGCCAGAGGUCGAUGACGAGGACGAGGACGAGACGACGAAGACGACAAAGACGAGGACGUGCUACAUAGAGGGCCUCCCGUUAUUACGACCACACUCGAUCAAUCCCCGCUUGAUCUCGAUUCUUAUACCCUCUCAUCAUGAAUCGAACUUUUUUUUGAUGCCCCUACUCAUCGCACGUGCACUGUAUUAUUUAUCGCUAUCGUAUUUCCUUCAAUUAAUCAUUCAGGUGGGCUUAGAGCGCCAACUCUACUCGUUGUUGGGCGCAGUUGUGUUUGCCCGACAUGCGGACCGCAUCGAGAGCUUCUCCAGCCCCGAUACUUAUGCGACAUUCGACACCCUCAUCACUCCCCUCGGAACAAAUCAGGCGUUUCAGUCUGGCGGGUUUCUCCGGGAGAGAUACCUCGAUCCACGCUCUGCAGACCAUAUCGGGGGCAUCAGUCGUGAUAUUGUGGAUAUCCACCAGAUUCUCGUGAGAGCCGAUUCGUCGGGCGACGGGACAGUGUUCCAGCAGUCGGUCGCCGCUGUCGUCCAGGGCCUGUAUCCGCCCACCGAUCAGUACGAAAUCACGCUGGGAAACGGGAGCACUAUUUUGGGCGCGAUGGGAGGGUAUCAGUUCAUCCCGAUCGAAUCGGUGGAGAUGAACCAAGAUGUAUCCCUCAAUGGCCUGAUUUCUUGCCCUAACUUUGACCAGCAUGUUGAGACAUUGGAGACGUCGGCGCUGUUUGCAGCCAAGGCGAAGGCGGCGAGGCCCUUCCUGGAGAAGCUGCGGCCCUUCCUUGGACAGAGGCCUAUCGAUUUCUCGUUGAUGUUCAACAUGUGGGACUUUGUGGAUGUUCAUAUCCAACACAACCAGACCUAUGCUGCUGAGAUCCCACCAGGAUACGUCAACCAGGCGCGGGUCCUCGCUGACUUCCAUGACCGGAAUAUCUACUCGGAUUUCCACCCCAAUGGGAUCGGGAAUGUUGGAGCUCGAGUCAUGCUCCCUUCCAUUUUCGACGCUCUGCAGCGGAUCGCCAAUGCGACUGAUCCACUCAAAUUGGCGAUCAACGGGAUCAGCUACAAGCCGUUCAUCAAAAACUACAACUCGCUCGCUGCGCUGGAGCUGUACUCCGACUUCCCCAGGCAGCCGAGGCUCCGCCUCAAAUUCAAGAACGGAACGGAUGAGCAUCAGUUCCGGAGCCUGCAGAUGUUUGGAAGGCGGGAUAUCGGGCUCUCCGAAUUUGUUCAGCAGCUGGCGCCUGUAGCGCUCAAUUCGACCGCGGACUGGCCCGUGCUUGGGCGCUUCAAGUCCCUACUAACCUUCCUUGCCUCCGUCUGGAGACAUGUCAGCACUCCGACUCGACCUCCAGUAGCGCCGCCGCUCGGAUCUGUAUUUCCGAGUGGGAGCGCCGUACCCGUGCCAUUACAACCUUCCGACGAACAGAUUGUGGUACUCUAUGUCAUAAUCGCCUACGCACGCAACUUCAUCAAUCCACUCAAACUCUUCACGAUCGGAUGGCAUGAACUGUGUCACAUCACCGCAGCUCUUCUUUCGGGGGGCAGGGUGCUGAAGAUAACCAUUGAUCCUGAGGUCGGCGGGGCAACUAUCGUGGAAGGCGGCUGGCCCUUGCUCAUCUUGUCCUCUGGUUACGUGGGCUCCACGCUACUCGGUGCACUCUUCACAUUGGCUGGAUGGGACACACUCGUGGCGAAAGUGAUGAGUCUGGUGCUGGCGAUGGGACUGCUGAUGCCUCUUGCGCUUGUGCGCGACAAACUAACGAUCAUAUUAACGGUUGUAUACGAAGCCUUGCUGAUUGGAUUCUGCCAAGCUCUCCGUUGGUAUUGCCUGUUCUUCGGGGUCAUGAAUUCGCUCUCUUAUAUCCUUGGUCGAGCCCUCACCGUACGUGCGGCUUUGAUCGGUCGAUAUCCUGACGUCAAGCCUGCGACAGACUGGGCUGGGUUUUGGAUACUUUUCCAAUUCGGCGUCCUCGCGGCGUUCUCUGUAUUGGGCAUCAAGGUCUUCAAGCUCUCUAACGAAGAAAUGAAUGCACAAGCAGUUUCCUUCCAACAUAACUACCUGCACAUCACCACACACGGACUCUGA